AUGUGCCGUCUAUGGAGUCGUUUACGUUGCGCGGCGCGAGCCGGCCGCCAUGUGUGUGGAUGCGUGAGCGCAGCGCGCGCGCAGAGAGGCAGAGCCCGCGGCGGUGCGCGGACGAUGGCGUGGUGGCUGUGGACGGGUCUACUGCUGGCCGCGGCCGGCGCCUGGUCACCUCCGCAGCCGCUGCUGCUCCAUCCCGCACCGAUACGACACACUCACCGCCAUAACGACACCCUUCACCACUUACUCAUCUUCGGGUGGCAUUUAGAACUACAAGAAAAUAAAGCCAUCCGUUCCCCUUAUUACACCGAGUGCCAGUUUUAUAAGGGACAUAUCCUUCAUGAAACGGAUUCAGCAGUCACAGUGACAGAGUGUGAAGGACAGUUGUAUGGGUUAUUAAAAGUUGGGAAAGAAGAAUUUGUGCUGCAGCCAACUUCAACGGAGGAGGGGGCCCAUGUGCUGCGGCGUCGUGAUGUGUUGCGACAAAAUCAGCCUGUAGCAUACAACCUAACCGGCGACACGGUCAGUGACUUUGAACUUGACCUGAAGGAAGAUGACCUGCCGCGAUGGCACGUGCGCGCGCUCCAUGGCAACAAAGAUGAUACCGAAUACUUUCGAGAAGCGAUGCCUGUCAUUUCUAGACCGGUUUCAGGUGUUAAAGGAUUGUGGCUGGAAAUGGCGAUUAUAGCGGAUCAUACCAUGCUAAAAUUUCACGGUUGGGAGCGAGGGAGACAUUAUAUUUUAGCAUUAAUGAAUAUUGUCAGCGCUAUCUUCAAUGAUCCUACUUUGAACUCGAAUAUGACGUUGGUCAUUAAACAGCUGCAUUUAUAUAAAGAGAAGGAUAAUGUUAUAAAAAUUGACAACGCAAGAAAAUCCUUGCACGCUGUGAAUAAAUGGAACUACAGGCAUAUUAUGAACCUAACAACAGGUACUACGGGGUGGGACGCUGCGGUAUGGCUGACGCGUGCUGAGCUAGGUGGUCCGUCGGGUUUUGCCCCUGUCGGUGGGAUCUGCAGCCACUACCGCUCCGCUGCUAUUGUCCGCGACGAAGGCCUCACUAGCGCUUUUGUCAUCGCGCAUGAAAUUGGUCAUCUUAUGGGUCUCAUGCACGACGGCGAAAACCAAUGCUCUUCUGAGGCCCAACGCGGCUCGGUAAUGGCGCGUACCGUGAUGGCCACGCUCUACAAUUUCGCCUGGUCCAAGUGCUCCAAGGAACAAUUUCACGCCAAAUCCCAGAAAUGGUGGUGUCUCCACGAGCGGAGUGCGGAUAAAGGUGAGGUGCUGGAUGGUACAAAACAUUUACCCAGCUACACGUUCACCGUAGACGAGCAAUGUCGCAGUGAGUUCGGCGAAGGGUUUUCAAUAUGUAAAUCCGUGAAGGUGCAAACAGCGUGCUCUUGGCUCUGGUGUGCACAUCGCUCCAUGCCACAUGUCUGCAGAUCAAAGCGGGCGCCGCUCUUGGAGGGGACACCUUGCGGAACCAACCACUGGUGCAUUGACCAAGAAUGUCAACCAAUGCCCGGGCACGGACGGGAUAACACAGUGACCGUAAAUGAAGAAACCGGUGUUGAGGUACCAGAGUGGAAAGAAUGGAGCCCGUGGAGUGAAUGUACCGCCACUUGUGGAUAUGGAGUGCGGUCCAGACGACGACAAUGCCUAUUUAAAGGGAUAAUAUCGGAGACAGCGUGCGAAGGUGCGGCGACGGAAAUGGUGACGUGCUGGGCGGGCAUAUGCGCUACGACACGCGACGUGCGUGCAGACGCGUGCGCACGUCACAGUAAGGAACUCGUGCCCCGUGUUUUUCAUGAAGAAUCCAAACAGUGCAAAAUUUCAUGCGUACACUAUAAAGGAGGGAAGGCUAAGUCGUUCGGCGCGUUGCCUGACGGAGCACCCUGUAGCUACGAUAGACCUUUCGACGUCUGUUUUCAGGGCGCUUGUGUGAAAGGUCAGUGCAACGUCUCCGAUACAGUGUGCAACUGGUGUCCGGACGGCAACUGCAGCAACAACACUGAAGUCAGAACCAAGCUAAUUAACAAAGGUUGGUCGAUCGUGGCAGUAAUUCCUUAUAGUGCACACCAAUUUUCUGCCCACAUAGCCACCCCUAUUCCCCUCCGUGUCGCCUUUAGAGAACGCAAAACAGACAUUCUGGAACUUAGCAAACAUCACACAAAGCGCUUUGAAAUUGAACAGCAUACGUACUUAAAAUACGAUCCUAAUGUACCUCAGAAUCUACGGAUAAUUGAAGUGGAUAGUAAUGUGAUAGAUAUUAGAGAAGGAGAACACUUUGGGUGGGAAGGGGAGGCAGUCAUUGCUGGUUCGUUAUUGCACUGGAAACAGACUGAUUCCGAUAUUAUUAUCACUGCAGCAUCGAAGCUGAACACGGAUUUAAUGAUCAAGGCGAUGCCACAAAAUACAAAACUCAAGGACGGGUCGUUCAACGUGAAAGUGUCCGUGAACUACAGGACGCCUGCGGCCCGCACACGACCCAUGGACUACAGAUGGCCAAUGCAGCGAGACCCGUGCUCAGUAUCCUGCGGAGGUGGAGUGGACAAAAAGUACCAACCCUGCAACACGCAUAGUUGCAAGUUCGUGUGGGUGCCCGGUGAGUGGGAAGAAUGCAGCACCACAUGUGGCAAGAAGGGAAUCCAAGAGAGGCAGCUUUUCUGCGUGCGAUCUGGUGUUAAAAUUUCAACUCGAUGGGGUCGGAUCAAAAACAGCGUAUCACUAGCGUCAUGCUCUACAACUAACAAGCCGAACCGCACGCAGCCUUGCAACCGCAUUCCUUGUCCUGUUUACUGGAAGGAGAUGCCCUGGACUGCAUGUUCAACAACCUGCGGUCGCGGUAUAUCCAUCCGUCCACUGAAAUGCCCGGCUGAAAACAAAAUGCUAUGCGGACCGAAGCCAAGAGAAAAGCGGCGUCGCUGUGUAAACCGUUGUCCCUCCACAACCAGCAAGCCAUGCCCAGUUGCCGACGGGACUCAGUAUUGUGGAAACUUCACCACCAAUGAGCUUAUCAGAUAUUGCACGCUACCUCGUUUUAGAAAAUACUGCUGUAACACCUGCAGCGCCGUCAAAGUCAUGAAUUAUAAAGGCGCUGGGUAAGAUAAGAAUAGAAUAUCUAUGGCUGAAUUAUCCUAUGUCAUUAAAGGUGUAUUCCAUAAAGCCUGUAAUACAUGUUGGCCGAGACUACGCCAACACGAGCGUAGGCAAAGUGAUACAAGGCAAGUGCUACAGUCCACAAGUGCAAUACAAACGGCCAAUGUAGACGAACUUUGUGGAGCUGUCCACGCGUUGGGCGCUAUCAGUUUUCAUUGAGCAUUGAAACGAUAUGAACGCCGUAGAAGUUACAACUUACAUUAAGAUAAUAACUUACAUUAAAACUUAGGGAAAUUAAUCUAUUUCUCGAAUUUAAAUCGCGUAUAUUUGUUUUUUCAAACAAACCAACGUUUCGGGCCCCAUAUAAUAAUAUAAUAAAUUUAUAUAGGUCUCAUAGACACGGUUGACUGACAUGUUAAAAUUAUCAACCAAUUAUGUCUAAUAUUAAUGCAAAGUGCCUAUUUUUCACUACAGUUACAAAAGUUGUAUUGGAUAUUGAC